AUGAAGGAAGCGACGCGUGCCGCGGCUGCUGUUGCUGCGGCCUUCACGCGUUGGCAGCGCUAUCACGAGCUCCAUCGUGGACGGGCAACGCUGGAACGUGUCGAGGUCGAAGCGCAGUUUGCGCUCGUGGCGACAGGUCUUGCAGCAAGCGACGACCUGCUCCUCGAGAUGUUCCAGGACGACGCCGAGCUGUUUGUUGCCUUUUUGGCACCGCUCUUGACGUUUGAGAACGAUGAGCGUGACAUAAGGCGACGACUGCAAUUCACGCUCGUGUGUGCUGGGGAGAUGCUCGACAGGUACUUGCAAUCGACCGAGUUAUCCAACGAGCUCGACGCUCGACGUCUCUUGACGGGUCCGUUGACGACUCAAGUGCUGCUGUCUCUUUUGCAUACUACCACGAAUGACGUAGUGCAUCGCACGACGUUACGAAUGCUCCAGAUGCUGGUACGCUCGAGUGGACGGGGCUUAGAUCGUCACGACACAGUACUGCAGCUCUGUCGUCGAGUGCAAGAGCGGUUGUGCGGACAUGAACACGACAGCAGUACGAUUUGCUUUGACCCGCUGUGUACUGUCCUGGAAGAGAUACUACAGCUCGAUAUUGAGCUUGUGAAAACGAGGUGCAUGGAAGUUUGUGAAGAUGCCAUUAGGUCGUGCAGAGAGCAGCCAAAGUUCCUGCGAGCAGUCGUGCUGCGCGUUGUGCCGGCGCUUGUCGACAAUGAGCUCAAUGAUGCAGAUAUUGCUAAGAUAAGGUGUACGCGGCUGCUAACUGCAGUGCUACGAGCAUGGAAGCCCUGCAGACGUGGUGAAGAUUUUCCGCAUGGAUUGCUGGACGUUGUGUGUGUUAUUGUGCCAAAAGCCCCUCGUGAAGUUAUUGGCGACAAGAAGCUGCAAGCACUAGUUUGCUUUGCGUUGCGACACGAGGACGCUUUAUCACGGAAGCAAGGACUGUAUGUAUUGAAACAAGCCUUGUCGCAUUGUGCACCGUGCUUUGCGCAGCAGCAGUAUAGCACGGAAGUAGAACAUGGGGUGACCGAGUGGCAAAACUUUGUCAUUGCGUCUGAAGUGAUUCAAAUGCACCACGAACAACACCUGAUUGAACAAGUUUGGCCGCAGGUAGCAGGCCUUCUGAUGAAUAAUUUUAUUGUGUAUGAAGACUCGAGGCCGCAACAAAAUCGAAAAGGUUGGCCGGUACAGCUGACCUUUGACUGGAUGCAGGGUCUUUUCAUGCGACUCUUUGCGCACGAUAAUCCCAGUGUUAAGCGCCUUUUCAUCUCCAACUUCAUGGAAACUUGUGUGGAUGCAUUGCACAUUUGGGAACAACAGAGCAGUUCUCGCAAGGGUGUUAUUCGGCAAGUCUCCAUUGCGUGUGCGUCUUCUUUUGCGCGUUUCGUGCUCGACGACUUGCUGCUCGCGUGCAAUGACCCGAUACUUUUCAAGCACCCGCAUCGUGCUCGCUUCCAGGCCUUGGUUUCGGAAUUUCUGGCGUCUUUUCUUGCUUUUCGGUACGUAGAAAUCGAGCAGGUAAGCAUACUGGAUGACUUUGUUGCUGCGGUUGAAGAGGCGAUAUUUGGCGAAGGCGCUCGUUGUCACUCACCGGAGGCUCUACUGAGCAUGCUUCAGGUGUUUCAGUCGCCUCGACUGAAGCAUGGAGCUGCCCCAGCGUCGGCGAAGAUGCUUCUCAGUGCCGCGGCGGUAGACCGGUUGCGCUUUUUGAUCGACGUACAUGCGAUGCAAUCCUUCUCACAAGCGACACGAAUAAGGUUGCUUCGGGCGCUGAGUCACGCUCUCACUGGAGGUUUCGUCAAUGCGUCAAUAAUUCCGCUGUUGUUGCUGGCGCGCGUGCUCUGUGUAUUUCCAAUAUCUAGUUUGGUAGCUGAUAGCGGUGAGACCAUGUUGCGCUUAAUGGCGUGGCUACAGACUUCUGGCGCUGAUGACAGCUCGUCUUGUUUUUCAGUCGCUCUUGCGUCUGCUUUCCAAGAGUAUUUGGUACCCGAGGAAGCAGGAAGCCACGAAGGAACACUAUUAAGUCCGACUCAAUUGGCGAGGCUGCUGCUUUUUACAGCAAAAGACACGCGCGAAGUCAAGAGUCGCCGGAUGCAUUCAGUGGAACGAUCAGAAGAUCAGGUCGACGUGACGGUGUUGCUUGAUACUUCGCUCAGUGCUCUACUACCGAAACAUCGAAACGUAGUGCUGAACUGUACUCGACUUGUGCUUUUGGUAGCAAAGAUUGAAGAGCAAGUUCAGGAUCUGCUAGGGAGGUGCUCCACCCUACCGUCACAAGGCUUUACUGUUCUGGUUGAGCGUGAAGCUAUAUACACCGAGCAAUUUAGCAAUUUACACCUGCUUGAUUCGGCCACGGCAAUAGUCUGGCGCUGGUUGGACAAUGUCAAGGAUGCAACGGAAGCCGGCAAGAUCGUAAUUGGAGAUUACGAAAAAGAAGUUGCCAUGGAAGUCGUAGCGCCAGCUAUGUUUGUUCUUACUCACACGAGCGUCUACAAAAUGAGCACAAGUGGUGGAGCGUCUGAAAUGACUGCAUUGAAUGCGCUCUGUGAGAAGUUAAAGGGAAUUUUGGCAGCCCCUGCGCACCAAACAGCCUUUGACUUGGCAUUAGCAGCAAAAUGCUUGUCUAUAGUCGGAUGCAACGCUGCUGCCGUAGACUCGUUGAGUGCGUUCGAGAGUGAGCGCAUUAUCCCCCUUUUGCUUGCUAUUGACACAAGUCGGCGGUUCAGUGGCAAGCUUGAUGCAACAUUUGCCAUUAGCUUGGCAACGAACAAGUGGGUAUUAUUGUACGAAGUCUUGAAAUCUUCGUCAUUUGUUGACACAAAACUUCUUCACAGCGUUCAUCAUCAUUGCGUUGAUGCGCUGCCUACUGCAGGGAUGGACUCUUCAGCAUUGAUUUCAAUGGUAAACGUGCUAUCAAUUACGCUUGCGCAACUGAUCGGGUCAAAGCCAAGAGACCCCAAUGAUGUGGAACAACUUGGCAGUUUACUCCAAGAUAUUUGGAUGGCCUAUAUUGACAGUAAAUCGAAAAUCGACGAGCUUACCCAAGCCGUUAUCGUUUGCGUGUUUCAGCCUGUGUUCUUGCUUCGUCGUGAGCUGAAGAGCACCAUGAAGCACUGGAUCGAAGAGUUCAUUUGCUUUGGUUCUCGGCACAGACCAAAUGUGCUUUUUCAUUUGGUUUGCCGCUUGUGCCAAACAUGGCGAGCACAACCAGCGUCUGCCCUAUUGUUUGCCGAUGAACUCGUGCAAUUGCUGCUGUACAAAGAACCGAUAAUUGACGAAAAGGAGCAGCUAGUGACAAACGUCACGAAUCGGACUGAUAAAGGCCAACACCGCGUUUCUGCUAGCAACGGCUGCGCUCAAACAACGGCUAUCGCAAGCCAUGCGAAGGACCGAUUCGUUCGGCUAGUUGUGCUGAGCUUCCUGGAUAGUGUCGCUGUUGAUUCAGCUGCCGAUACUCAGCAGCUCAUGGAUGAGCUGAUAUGCCAGCUCAUUCAAUUGAACGUGACUCCCGAUUGGCAGAAGCAGCACAUGCUUAACAGUGACGGAUAUGGUAAGAAGUUGCGAUCCUGGCAAGCGCUCUGCGUUUUGAGUGCGCACGUUACAAAGCCAGUUUUAGCUUCGCUACUUCCCACCCUCCAGACUGCAUUGAACGUACCUCAACUGCCGAGCGUCCGGUAUUACAUCGAUCUUUUUGGCAUUCGGAUGGUAGGUCGAUACCCAAGUGAGAUCUGUUCGGGUAUUCUGCUUCCCAUGCUACGCGAUCCGAAUUUGAUGCCACAAGUGAGUGCUUCGAUACUGCUUUUGGCCACAUAUCUCGUAAAGUACAAGCUCGAUAACGAAAGCCUUGAUGUCGACUCUGGAGAGUUGCUAGAAACGAUGCUGCCAUGGCUAAAUUCGUCCCAUGGAUACACGCGUGUUCUGGCUCAGUAUUUGGUGACCAAAACUCUUCCCUGCUACAUCCACCAGCUCCGUCAGAGCUCGAGUGACAUGGAUUCGUCGGGUCUUUGCUUCUUGGAAGGUACUGCGCGCUAUUUGAGUAACAAUAAGGAAUGCAAGCGAAUGUUGCGUCGGCAGGCGCGCCAGUUGGAAGAGUUUCUCCCGGACUAUGAAAGCUCGCUACUUGGCAUGCUUUGUUCGGGCUACAUGAGCGAGUUUGGGGAACUCGUGCCCCGAGAUGAAGUGCUUCGUUUUAGUGAGCAGUUCAAAGCUGCGAUGAAUGAUCUGUACGCCCAAUACCAACUCGAAAACUUUACUGCGGCUCCAUUACAUGCGGAUGUUGGCGAUAAAUUGGCGUUAGAGACCAGCACUGCGCGACAAUCAAUCACUGUGCAGCGCAAGAUUGAUACGUCAGCGUUACUUCUUGAUGACAAAGCCUUGCCUCCUGUAAUGCGUGCAGACGCUGAUGUAGCGCGUAGCAGAGACACAUUAAACGCUCGGCAACGGCCUCGGCAGCCUAUCAUCAUGUGCGCAAGCUUGGUCGACAAGGUCCCGAAUUUGGCGGGAUUGGCACGUACAUGCGAGAUAUUUAAUGCUCAGAAGAUGAUCGUGCCCAACCUGUUCGUGACAGAGCAGGACCCGACUUUCGCGGCUGUGAGUGCAACGGCAUGCAAGUGGAUGCCGCUGGAAGAAGUUCGGCCGCAGGGUGACAACCUGCACCAAGCUUUGCACCGCUGGAAGAGUGAAGGAUAUACCAUUGUGGCUGUCGAGCAGACAGGUUCCAGUGUAAGUCUCGCAACCUACACGCUGCCGCGCAAGAUGGUGCUUGUUUUGGGUCGAGAGACAGAGGGCAUCCCGGUGGACGUGUUGCAGCUCGUUGACGUGUGCGUCGAGAUCCCGCAGUUCGGUCUGGUGCGAUCGCUGAACGUGCAUGUGAGUGGAGCCCUCGUACUGUGGGAGUAUACGCAGCAGCAACUUCUGAGUGAAAGUUGA